AUGGAAGCAAAACGCCGAAAGACUCAUCACGAAUCUGAUGUUAUCUCGGUCUGUAGCACCGAGUCAGAGACCGUUUGUUCUGACCAGAGUGAAUCCGAUACUCUCUCCGAUUACAGCAGGAGAAGCCAUCCUCUGACCCCCCAUUUCUCCGUCAGAAGAUCAUCCACCUUCCUCUCUCUUCCCAAAGAACUCCGCAUGAUCAUCUACCAGUAUGCCUUUUCAUCCUUCUCAAACUCGAAUGAGCUUAUUCACGUCACCGUUGAGCGGGAUCACCUAGUCCACCGCACCGGCGUCAUCUUCAAGCCUUCCCGUCAGAUCACGCUGAAGUACACCCGCAGCCCAGCAGCACACCUCCCUGUCGCCCUUCUCAUGACGAACCACAACAUCUACGAUGAAGCACUUCCUGUUCUAUACUCUAGUGUAUCGUUUGGAUUUGCAUCCAACCCGACUUCUUUAACCUUUCUACUCGAUCGGCUCUCCAACACAGCGCGCGAUAGUAUACGGUACCUGCGACUUUACCCCGCACCGCUAUACGUCCGCAAUGGCCCGCUGGGUGAACAGCUAUCAUGGGCUGUACUUUGCGCACAAAUUGCUCGUUUACAAUCACUGAGGCGAGUGAGUGUUUUAUACAAUCGCGUCGAUGAUCUGAGGUUGAAUUCGAUCGAAUCCCAACGCUCGCGAUAUGGGAAAUCACUCGCUUUAAUUCGCAGCCAGAAAGAACCAGAAUUUAUGCAGCAAGAUGUUACUGCCGUUGAAUUGGACCAGUGUCGUACUCGUUUUCGUGACAUAACAGCGUCUGCUGACCUGGCUGUUGAGUCGUAA